UGAGUGGCAAGUUGUUUGUUCCAGCGAGCACCAGCUGCUCGGCACUCUCCGGGCUCCGCUGCUCCGCUCCGCGCCCCGCCGGCCUCCCCCGCCGCUCCAACUUUUGCACCCUCUGCUCCCUCAUCCUCUGUUCCCGCCUCCGGAGCCGGGAAGGGACUGACAAAACCGGGGAGGGAAAGGAGGAGGGGGGAGGAGAAAAAAAAAAAAAAAAAAAAAAGGCACCGACAAUAACAGCCCCCCCUCCCCCUCCCCAUUCAAAAACACAACAUAAACCCCAGGGAUAGAUGAACUACAAAUGAGAAAGAGGAAAAGAUGGAACUGCACAUCCUAGAGCACAGGCUCAGAGUGGCCAGCAUAGCCAAGGAGAGCAUCCAGUUGUUUACCUAUGGAUUAAUCAAACUUGCUUUCCUGUCCUCUAAGACGAGGUGCAAGUUCUUCAGCCUCACAGAAACCCCUGAGGACUACACCAUCAUUGUGGAUGAAGAGGGCUUCCUAGCAGCAGCAGCAUGUUUGCAGAGGCUCGUGCUUGGACAUGCAGCUGAGCUUCCUUCCUCGGAACACUUGAGCGUGGCCGAUGCAACAUGGCUUGCCCUCAACGUGGUGUCUGGUGGAGGUGGUUUCUCCAGCUCCCAGCCCAUCGGAGUGACCAAAAUUGCCAAGUCAGUCAUAGCACCUCUAGCUGACCAAAACAUCUCAGUGUUUAUGCUCUCCACCUACCAGACGGACUUCAUCCUGGUGCGUGAGCGAGACCUGCCCUUCGUGAUGCACACGCUGGCUGCCGAGUUCACCAUCCUCAGAGUAGUGAAUGGGGAGACAGUGGCUGCCGAUGACUUUGGGGUAACAAAUGGAUUUGUCAAACCAAAACUAGUUCAGAGGCCUGUCAUUCAUCCUCUUUCCAGUCCAAGUAAUAUGUUCUGCGUCACCAGCCUGGAUCCAGAUACCCUUCCCACUGUUGCUACACUCCUCAUGGAUGUCAUGUUUUACUCCAAUGGAGUAAAAGACUCAGUGGUGGGCAACGAAGACUCGGGACACAUUCGCUUUUUCUCCUUUUCUCUCAUUGAGGGUUACAUCUCCCUGGUCAUGGAUGUCCAGACACAGCAGAGAUUUCCUAAUAAUUUGUUGUUUACAAGUGCAUCUGGUGAACUCUGGAAGAUGGUGCGGAUUGGUGGGCAGCCUCUUGGCUUUGAUGAAUGUGGAAUUGUCGCUCAGAUUUCUGAGCCUUUGGCCGCUGCUGACAUCCCAGCCUACUACAUCAGUACUUUUAAGUUUGAUCACGCCUUGGUACCUGAAGAAAAUAUAAAUGGUGUGGUCAAUGCACUCCAAGUCAGUCAAGCUGAAAAGCAUUAGAAAUCUUCUGAGCUGGUUCCAGAUGCUUUUUAUUAUUCUAAUAAUAAUAAUUACUAUUAUUAUUAUUAUUAUUAU